UAAUUGAUAGCAUAAACCCCCUCCCCCUCAGACCCUUCUUCUAACGGACGGCAAUGGAGAUUUCUGUAAUAGCCUCCUCAUCAAUCGACGGCGGAAUCGGAAGCUGGGAUCUCAAAACCGGAACGGAACAGCUCCGAUUCAAGCAGUGCGCCUCUCCCUCUCACGGUCUCACCGCCGUCGGAGAUAAAUUCCUCGCCGCCUCUCAGCUCCGUAACGCAUCCGCUUCCUCCGGCUCGAUUUUCUUCUGGUCUUGGAACAAGCCUCAAGUUGAAGUGAGAAGCUUCCCCGCGGAGUCAGUAAACGCUCUUGCAGCCAACCGUGAAGGAACUUACAUCGUUGGUGGUGGAGCCUCUGGAGAUAUCUUUCUUUGGGAGGUUGCGAGUGGGAGGCUGCUUAAGAAGUGGCAUGGUCAUUACCGUUCAGUAACUUGCUUGGUCUUCUCUGGAGACGAUUCUUUGUUGGUUUCUGGUUCUGCUGAUGGCUCUGUUAGAGUCUGGUCUCUUUUAAGGCUGUUUGAUGAUCUCCAGAGGCAGCAGCAAGGGAGCACUCUUUACGAACACGAUUUUAAUGAGCAUACGACAUCUGUUACCGACAUUGUCAUUGACUAUGGUGGCUGCAAUGCUUUUAUUGUUUCUGCUUCAGAAGAUGGGACUUGCAAGGUUUGGAGCUUGUCCAAGGGGAGAUUGUUGAGAAACAUCAUCUUUCCUGCAGCCAUCAAUGCACUUGCAUUAGACCCUGGCGGCUCUUUUUUCUAUGCUGGUAGUACAGAUAGCAAAAUUUAUGUUGGUGCCUUGAAUUCCUCAAGUGACUAUGCGACUCAAAGUCUUGGUUCAGUAUCUGAACAAGGCAAAGCUGUUACUUGCUUGGCAUAUUGCGCAGACGGAAACCUUUUGAUUUCUGGAUCGGAAGAUGGUGUGAUUUGUUUUUGGGAUCCCAAAUCACGUCGCCUUGUUCGUACUUUCAGCCAUGGAAAAGGACCAAAAGGACCUGUGAACAACAUUCAAGUUGUCAGAAGAAUGGUUGUUGGUAAUUCCAACAAAGCACAAUCUUCAUGGAAAAGAAAUGUGUCGUCACUACCUCCUCCUUUGGAAAAAUACGAAAGAACAGGAGACGAUACUAUGGAUGGUAUAGUUAUCGUUGACCCGCCGCCACUAUCUGAUGUUCCUGUUUACUCCUCUUACCACAGUGCUGACCUUAUCAACGAGCAAGUUAGAGAGCUUCAGCAACAAGGCUCUGCAGCAACGGAGAUCGAGAUGGAAAGAUUGAAACUUGAGUACAAGAAAUCUUUACAGAUGAAUGAUCAAUGGCAGAAGAACUAUGAGAACUUGCUCCAGGUGGUUAUGGAGGAAGAGCUAAACGGUAGUUCCAAUUGAAAGCUUUUAUCUUUUGUUGUUGUUUCUAAGCAUUUUUGAAAUUGUGUUAAAAAAAAAAAACUGAAGUUAUAUUGAGAGAUAUUUUAUGUCAAAUGGCAUUUGAAAUUGCA